CUGUAACCUUUGCGAAGGCAUACUUCCUACUCGUUUUUUUGUUGAUGCUUUACUGUAUACUGUCUUUUGGCUUAAGACCGUGAAUAAACAAAACGUAUACAACUCGACUUCCUUUUGCCACCUAUUAUGCCUCGACAACAAGGAACACUAAAGAGGAGGCCUGCUCCUGUAGAAGAGUCUGAGGAGCCGAGCAGCGGCGACGACGAUGCACCAGAGGAGCUUACGAACGACCAGCUGCGGGCUCUAAAGCGCUUUAAAGCUAACAUAGAAGACGAUGGGGACAGCGAGGAGAACAGUGAACCUGACGAAGAUGGUGUGAGCGACGGCGGCGGUGCACAUGGAACAGACAACGAAGACGAGGACGACGAUGAGGAUGAAGAUGAGGACGAUGGUGACGGGGACAGCGAUAGUGAUGGAAGUGAUAGCGAAGAUGAUGACGACGAGAGGACGUUAGAGGAGCAGGUAGCUGAUGUGCCGUUUGAGGUGCUGGAGACAUUACGGCAGGACGGCAGGGGGCUGGUGGGGCAGGCCGCCCGCGCCGCUGCUGCCCGGGCCGCGGCGGCGGAGCGCUCCUUCAAGCGCGCCAACAAGGACCGCCCGCAGGAGAUGUCCUCCAAACGACCCGUGGGUCGCUUCAGGGAGGUCAUCCAGCUGCCCAGCAAGGGCUUCGUGGACCCCCGCUUCGCCUCCGCCUCCGCCGCCCCUCCCGGCAAGGUGAACGACUCCUUCCGGCGGCGCUACGCCUUCCUGUACGACGACAUGCUGCCGGAGGAGAAGCGGGAGCUGCAGGACAAGAUAAAGAAGGAGAAGAACCCCAAGUUCAAGGCCAAGAUGCAGGCCCAGCUGCAGCGCAUCGAUACGCAGCUGCGAGAUGAAGACCUCAGGCGGAGGACCCGGGCGCUGGAGUCCGAGUGGAAGACCAAGGAGCGGUCUGCAGUGGCGGGCGGCAAGGCGCCCUUCUUCCUCAAGGAGUCCGAGAAGAAGCGGCUGGCGCUACUGGCAAAGUACCAGGAACUCAAGGAGCACGGCAAGCUGGACAAGUUCAUGGAGAAGCGGCGCAAGAAGAACGCGGCCAAGGACCACAGGUACCUCCCCUCGGGUCGCCGCCAGCAGCAGGACAGCUGAGCAGCAGGAGGACCUGCGACCAGUACUGCUGCCCCGACCACGAUUACCGCCACUUUUGUUGCUGCUUCACAUUUGUCAUUUGCUGUGUGGCUCAAAGUGCCUAACAUGCUGCACAGGGUGGCAGCAGGGUGUUUCAUGGCUGCAGGAUUCAGCUGCCUCACUGUUAUUGGUCAUUACUGCCUUGGCUGUGAUUGCGGUGCUGGGGUCAAGAGAUACCAAAACCAGGUUAGGGGAGAGCAAUGGGGGAUGAUGAGAUUGGUGUACUAGUUGGACUGCUACUAUUGCCAGGGGGCGGUACAGCACAGCUGGGGUACCUACCUUCCAUGGUGCCACAACAGCUAUUACUGACAAGUUGGAAUGCUUUGGUGAGAUGGGCAGUCAGGAUGACGGGGUGUCAUGGCUUUGGAACCGGCCUAGGACAGCGGUUACACGAGAACACUGCACCUGCCAGUGUACUCACCCACCAUUCCCAUUCCCCAUAAUCCGCAUGGCAACGUGUAACUGAUCUGCCAAAAAGGGGGGAGGAUAGCU